AUCCAAAGUACGAGAGGUAUAAAAUCUUUACCUGCUCAAAAUAUUCGGCAACACUGUUGCUCGUUAGAAGUUAACCGUCGUUUGACCGUUCAAGUUGACAAGCUUUAUAACGAUUUUUCAUGUGCUCUUUUAAUAAUUUUACAAAGUUUUACACCACAGUUUUAUUAAUUUAAUAAAAAAAACCAGAAAUGGCCCCGUUAAAAUCAAGUCAUAGCAACAUUCUUCCCAAUUUUACGCUCAAAAAUGCAAUUUCUACAAGAAGCAAGUCGACUGUAAUCGGUCCCAAACAAGAUGGCGUGAGGAGCAAACGGAAAGCGGACUGUUCUCCAUCCAAAGAAAACAAAAAUAACAAAAGAAUUGCAUUUGGUGAAAGAAAUACCAACAUUGCAGAAAUUGCAAAAAAUAAAUUAAUAGAGGAUAAAGACAAGAAAACAACAGCUGUGAGAAAAGUCACUACACACAUGAAAAUACUUCCAUCAGUUAAAACAGUCAUUAGGGCCAGACAAAAUCAAAAUGAAGCACCACAUGCUCCUGGACACAAGAUAUUGACUAGGCAAUCCAUAAAAACGGUAAUACCUAAUCAAACUGCAAUAAAGCCUAAAGAAGUACUUAAAGAAAGUAAUAACAAAUGCAACAAAAGACUUAGCAAUGAGUUUGAGAAGACUGAAGACACACUAUAUUCUACUGCAUUGGAAGACGCUAAUGAAACUACCUACUUCAGUGCGAAGAAACGCAAUCUGAGAUCGUCUAGAAGUUCAGACUCUGAUAUGACACCAUGCGACAAAGAUGUCAAGAAAGAGAACAAAAUGUCCAGUAUUUCAAUGGUUGCCCAACAGAUGGAGGCUAAAUUGAACCUUGGAAAUCACUUAGUUCCAUCAAAUGUGGCCGAUUUUGACAAGGAGAACUGGGAAGAUAUAUUCCAAGUUUCAAAUUAUGCUAUGGAUAUUUUCAACUACCUCAAGGAAAGAGAAUCUCAAUUCCAAGUAACAGACUACCUCGAUCGCCAAAUAUGCCUUACCCGGUGGAUGCGAUCUCUCCUAGUUGACUGGAUGGUCGAAAUUCAAGAAAGUUUUGAACUCAAUCAUGAAACCCUUUACUUGGGUGUAAAAUUGGUAGACAUGUAUCUGACAAGGAUGACAGUCGGAAAGGAAACUCUACAACUAGUCGGCGCGGCCGCCAUGUUUGUAGCCAGCAAAUUUGAUGAGCGGAUCCCGCCAUUGAUUGAUGACUUCUUAUACAUUUGUGAUGGUGCGUACACGAAACGGGAAUUGAUAAGGAUGGAAAUGAACUUGUUGAAAGUUUGCGGGUUUGACUUGGGAAUUCCAAUUAGUUAUAGGUUUUUGAGGAGAUAUGCAAGGUGUGCUAAAAUAACCAUGCCAAUUUUGACAUUAGCUCGCUUCAUUUUGGAAUAUUCUUUGAUGAAUUAUGAUACAAUCACCAUCAGAGAUUCAAAAUUAGCUUCAGCAGCUUUAUAUAUAGCCCUCAGGAUGAAAACCGUUAGUAAUUGGACUCCUACACUAGAAUUUUAUACAGGUUACAAAUUAGACGAAUUUAAAGAUGUAGUUUUAUUGCUCAACUCCUACUUAAGACAGCCUCCAAAAUCUCAAUUAAUGACUGUAAGAAACAAAUAUUCUCACAAAAUAUUUUUCGAAGUAGCAAAGACUCCAUUCCUUGAAAACUACGCACUCGUGCAGUGAUUUCAGGUUGUUUUUUUUUUGUUUUUUUUUUU